AUGAUAUCUACAGGGGAGGAACAUCCUUUGUCUCAUGGCAGGCGUAUUUGUCCUGGUCAUUGGUCUGCAGAGAACAGUCUGUGGAUUGCAGCUGCUACCCUACUUGCUGUCUUGCGCAUCGAUCAUGCUAAAGACUCAAAUGGAAACAGGAUUGAGGUGAAGCUGGAGUUCAACACCUGCUUGGCAAUUGAGAGAGGGACAUCUUCGAGAGAUGACAAAUUCAAAAGUGCAUUGUAUGGAUAUGGUUGUGAAGAAAUAGAAAACCAAGCUCAAGACAGAGACAGAAGAGCACAAACAUCGUCAGUCGUACCAUAG